CCGCGGGAGACGCGGGUGGGUCUCGGUGUGGGCGAGUGGGUGGGGACACGUCCCGGCUGCCUGCCUGCCUGGCUCGCUUCUUGCCUUUCGCCUCUGAGGAGCGCAGGGAGAGGGCGCUUCCCGCCAUGCCCGCCACCCCUCGCGGGUCCUCCCGCUCCGCGCCCCGGCGGACCCAUCCCCGAGGAAGAAGAAGCCACUCCGGGAAGCGCCGCGUGCCGGCUUCGCACCUCCUUGGCCUCUAAGCCUCGAGGAGAGGGGAGGGAGGGGAAGGGAAGGGGCGGCUGGAGAGGAACCCCCUUCCUCCUCCUCCUCCUCCUCCUGCGGGAACUCCUUCGCCCCCAUUCGGAUGUCCGGUCGCCUCCGGAGAGGGGAGAAGCCUUGAGCGCGCAGUCAACUUCUGGGGAAGCAGGGCAAGCGAGGCAAGAGCCCGGGGAGGAGGAGGAGGAGGAAGCAGUGGCGGGCGCCUGUCCCGAGGGGAGGCCUGCUCCCUCCCGCCGGGCGCGCUGUCUCCGCGCGCGGCCCAAGAUGCACUUGCUGGGACUCUUCUCUCCUCUGGGUGACUCGCUGGCGGCGGCGGCGCUGGUGCUGCUCCUGCUGCUCGGAGCUCGCGAGCCGGCCACGGCCGCUGCCUAUGAAUCCGGACAGGGCUACGACGAGGAAGAGCCCGAGCUGGCAGAGGCCAAGCAGACUUACGCAAGCAAAGAGUUGGAGGAGCAGUUACGAUCUGUAUCCAGUGUGGAUGAACUCAUGACAGUACUUUAUCCAGAAUAUUGGAAAAUGUUCAAAUGUCAGCUGAGAAGAGGGAGCUGGCAACACAACAGGGAAUUGCCCAGCUUCGAUGCAAAAUCAGAGGAUUCAAAUCCAAUAAAAUUUGCCGCAGCUCAUUACAGUCCAGAGAUCUUGAAAAGUAUUGAUAAUGAGUGGAGGAAAACUCAAUGCAUGCCACGUGAGGUAUGUGUAGAUGUGGGGAAAGAAUCUGGAGCAACAACAAACACCUUCUUUAAACCUCCAUGUGUGUCCAUCUACAGAUGUGGAGGUUGCUGUAAUAGUGAAGGUCUGCAGUGUAUGAAUGUCAGCACAAGCUACGUCAGCAAAACAUUAUUUGAAAUAACCGUACCACUGUCACAUGGUCCAAAACCUAUAACAAUUAGUUUUGCCAAUCAUACAUCAUGUCGGUGCAUGUCCAAGCUGGAUGUCUACAGACAGGUUCAUUCAAUCAUUAGGCGCUCCUUACCCAUGACACAACCACAGUGUCAUGUGGCAAACAAAACAUGUCCCAAAAACCAUAUCUGGAAUAAUCACAUUUGCAGAUGUCUGGCACAACAUGAGUUCAGUUUCUCAUCCUACCUUGGUGAUACUGAUGCUGCUGAAGGAUACCAUGACAUCUGUGGACCUAAUAAGGAACUUGAUGAAGAAACCUGUCAGUGUGUCUGCAAAGGAGGAGUGAGACCUUCCACCUGUGGACCCCACAAGGAAUUAGACAGAACAUCAUGCCAGUGCACAUGUAAAAACAAACUGCUGCCAAGCUCAUGUGGAUCCAACAAGGAAUUUGAUGAAGAAAAAUGCCAAUGCGUAUGUAAAAGAACAUGUCCUAGACAUCAGCCAUUAAACCCGGCAAAAUGUAUUUGUGAAUGUGUAGAAUCUCCAAACAAGUGUUUUUUAAAAGGAAAAAGAUUUCAUCACCAAACAUGCAGUUGCUACAGACCACCAUGUACAGUUCGAACGAAACGCUGUGAGCCUGGACUUUAUUACAGUGAAGAAGUGUGUCGCUGUGUACCCACAUAUUGGAAAAGACCACUUAUCAAUUAGAGACACCAAUAACCUUUGGCAAUUUGGUGUACAUUUUCCUCACUUUGUUUAAAGACUGCUAAUAUUUUGGAUUUACUGUGCAGAAGAGACUUUACAGGAUUAUCAGAGACAGACUCAUUUGUGCUCUGAGACGCAUGGGACACAAAUGCUUUUUAAAAACCUGGGAUUGUAAAGAACUCAAUAAGGACUUGAUUUUUGCCACUGGCCAAACACCCUAGGUUUUCUUCCUUGUGAUUUUUUUAUUAAAGAUAAUGACUAUAUAAUUUAUUUCCAUUUAAAAAUAUUGUACUGCAUUCUUGUUUAUAGCAGUAACAGUUUUUAAAUCUCACUGUGAUCAAUAUUUUUAUAUCAUACAAAGUAUGUUUUAAAUAAAAUGAAAUUGUAUUAUA